CUGGGCAAGAGGGAGUUAAGCCUGGUGGCCUCAAUGCUCCACGUAGAAGCUGGCUCAGGACACUGGCUGCGGUUGGUGCUGCCCGUAUAAAUAAGGCGGGAGACCCAAGCGCUAAGGAUUGGCCACUGCCCGUGCUCUUGGCCCUGGCCAUGGCCCGUCUGAUGUUCUUACUUAGUCUGGGCCUGCUGGCCAGCCUGCUACCAGUGCUGGCUGCCUGUCCCCAGAACUGCCACUGCCACGGUGACCUGCAGCAUGUCAUCUGCGACAAGGUGGGACUGCAGAAGAUUCCCAAGGUGUCAGAGAAGACCAAGCUGCUUAACCUCCAGCGCAACAAUUUCCCUGUGCUGGCUGCCAACUCUUUCCGAGCCAUGCCCAACCUUGUGUCGCUGCACCUGCAGCAUUGCCAGAUCCGCGAGGUGGCGGCUGGUGCCUUCCGUGGCCUCAAGCAGCUCAUCUAUCUGUACCUCUCCCACAACGACAUCCGGGUGCUGCGCGCUGGCGCCUUUGACGACCUGACCGAGCUCACCUACCUCUACUUGGACCACAACAAGGUGACGGAGCUGCCCCGGGGGCUGCUUUCCCCUCUGGUAAACCUCUUCAUCUUGCAGCUCAACAACAACAAAAUCCGGGAGCUGCGGCCCGGUGCCUUCCAGGGUGCCAAAGACCUGCGCUGGCUCUACCUCUCUGAAAAUGCAAUCAGUUCUCUUCAGCCUGGUGCACUGGAUGAUGUGGAGAACCUGGCCAAGUUCCACCUGGACAGGAACCAGCUAUCCAGCUACCCGUCGGCUGCUCUGAGCAAGCUGCGGGUGGUGGAGGAGCUGAAGCUGUCGCAUAACCCCCUGAAGAGCAUCCCCGACCAUGCCUUCCAGUCCUUCGGUAGAUACCUGGAGACCCUAUGGCUGGACCACACCAGCCUGGAGAAGUUCUCAGAUGGUGCUUUCCUGGGUGUGACCACACUGAAACAUGUCCACUUGGAGAACAACCGCUUGAACCAACUGCCCUCCAACUUUCCCUUUGACAACCUGGAGACACUCAGCCUUACCAACAAUCCCUGGAAGUGUACCUGCCAGCUCCGGGGCCUGCGACGAUGGCUGGAAGCUAAGAACUCUCGCCCUGAUGCCACCUGCUCCUCGCCUGCCAAGUUCAAGGGCCAGCACAUCCGUGACACAGAUGCCUUCCGUAGCUGCAAGUCCCCCACGAAGAGGUCCAAGAAAGCUGGCCGCCAUUAAACAGGUGCAGGUCCUGACCCAGCUGGUCCUGGUGACUGGCCUCUGCCUUCUGCCGGAGAGAGACUACUGACCUUCUUGCCUCCCCCCACGGUCUCUGCGCAUGCACAGAGCUGCCCACACCUAGAUGUGUCCUGGUGGCGGGUCUCGGGCACUCCGCUACCAACUCAGCCCCACCUGACAGUGUACGGGGAAAGACAGAAACCCUCAACGAACCACCUCAUGCCUGGCUCUUCUGCUAGGGCCCCCUCUCCCAGACCACCUGAGUUUAUCAGAAACAAAACAGGGUGAUUAUUAUCAGGAAGGCCACCCUUACAGAAUCAUCCUCUUCCCCAACUACUUAGAAACAAAUGCCAGAUCCUUGUCCAACCCCCUGAUUCCAUAGAGGGUCUGAAGAAAGCCCAUGCUCUGACUCUGCCAGCUACCAUCUGCCAGGACAGUCUAGCAGGACACCUGUGCUCUGAGGCACAUUGCCCCCUGCUGCAUUCAUCCCAAGAUUUCUAUAAAUAUAAAUGUAUGUCUA